UAUCAGCAAAUCGAGCCUUUGGAUGGAGCUAUCAGCUUGCGAUCUUCAUUCGUUCGUGAAGCUUCAAGCAAAGAUGUUGUCCGCAGUGAUUCUUCUUUUUCUGCUAUCCCAAGUGUCUUCGGACCUUUCCGUUUCGCAACAACUUCAGUGCAAGAAUCCGAAAUCUACGAUAUGCUCGAUACAAGUUCUGAAGUACGUCGACUUCCGUCCACCGCGGCUCCCUCCACUAGAGGGAAAGCACACCCUGCAAAUCCGAAGUGGUACCGUGACCCGCUUCUCCAAGGAACUCCAACCCCAACUCGCGUCCAUUCUCAAGCUGCAGCUGGGUCGCCUCAACAUCGAAUCCCUCUGGAUAAUGCCCACGUUGCUGCAGCUGAGCGCCGAGAACAACCUCAUCGAGCAGCUGGUCAUCGAAGAGCAGGACGAUAACGUAACCGAAUACAGUCUUCAGUACCUGAACCUGGCGAACAAUCGCCUGCGAAGCAUUCGCGAGUUGAAUGACCUGCAAGCGCUUAAGGAGCUACGGCUCGACAACAACCUGCUGGAGUACAUUGAGAUGGACACCUUUGCCGGGAUGAACAAGCUGAAGAAGCUGUCGCUGAGCAACAACCGAAUCAACGCGAUCGCGACCGCUGAACCGAUCGAGCUGCCUUCGUUGGAGUUGUUCUCGCUAGCGCACAACAACCUGACAAAGCUGGCCUUGAAAGACUGGACACUGCUUCAGCUAACCGAUCUGCAGUUGAACGAUAACCGCUUGAUCAGUCUGGACGUGGACAACUUUGAGCAGUUUGUCAGUCUGGAGAAGCUGGCGAUCGCCGGGAACUCGUGGUACUGCUUCUGGCUGAGCAAAGCCAUCAAGAACAUCGCGCGGUACGUGGCGUUGAACGGGAAGGAUGAGGAUUGUCCGGCCAUGCCGAUUGACGAUAUUUGCUGCAGCAUGACCGUCGUCUCGGAUGAUCAACCAGCGCACGCGGAUAUCGCGGAGAGGAUUCGACUGUUUGAGGAGUCUCAAACGAGGAUGAAGAGUGAGCUGUUGCAGAAGUUGAAUCGUUCGAAAGCAUGGUGGAAUGAAGAGUUUGCAAAGAUUGACGGUAAGACAAAGGAUUUGAAGAAGGAGGCUGACGAGCUGGCAAGGUUGUCUAGUGAUGAUAACAAGGUGAAGCCGGAAGAUGUGGCAAAGCUGAGUGAGGUUCUGAUGAAUGCGGAUGACAAUGUGGACAAUAUCAAGAGCUUGGUAGAUUCAAAUAAGCAGUUUGAGAAAGACAUCACCAAUCUGCUCUACACGGUUAUUGAACAAAAGAAUAGGCUGCUGCAAACAGUGAAGAGUGCCAACAAUUUGAAAGAGGAGAUGCAUGCUUAUAAAAUUAGUUUUGAUAACAAUGUCAAGUAAUGUUCUAUAAUAAUAAAUGUUUAGUUUCUUUUCAUACACAAA